AUGGUGGACCCCGUAGCGGACGCAUGUGAACAGCUUAUCCGAGCUGUCAAAGCGACCAUGGAUCCCCAAACCAGCCAAAUAUUCCGCCUGGAGGCCCUAAAGUUCUGUGAGGAAUUUAAAGAGGAAAGCCCCUUGUGCCUUCCAUGUGGUCUGAGACUAGCUGAUAAAGCCAAUGCUGCUGUUACAAGACAUUUUGGUUUCCAAGUCCUGGAGCAUGUAAUCAAAUUCAGAUGGAAUGACAUGCCACAACAUGAGAAAGUGGAACUGAAGGCCUGUACCAUGCAGCUGUUGUCACAUGGCACACAUUCAGUGCUGGAGGAGGAGAGCCAUAUCAAAGAUGCAAUCUCUCGGAUCACUGUGGAGAUGAUUAAGAGAGAAUGGCCUCAGAACUGGCCCGACAUGCUGAAAGAGAUGGAGGCUUUGACCAGCCAAGGGGAGACUCAAACGGAGCUGGUGAUGCUGAUCUUGUUGCGCCUGGCUGAGGACGUGAUCACCUUCCACACACUCCCUCCGCAGCGGCGCAGAGACAUCCAGCAGACCCUCACCCAGAACAUGGACAGCAUCUUCACCUUCAUGUUGGCCAUUCUGCACAUGAACGUGGAGGACUAUCGCAAAGCGAUCGCAACACCGGGAAUGGAACAAAAGGCCAGAUCCCACUGCAGGGUUGCCGUGGCCACACUGAACACUCUGGCGGGCUACAUCGACUGGGUGGUCCUGGCUCACAUCACCAACAACAACUGCCAGCUCCUGGAGAUGCUCUGUCUGCUGCUGAACGAGCCUGACAUGCAGCUGGAGGCGGCCGAGUGUCUGCUCAUCGCCAUCAGCCGCAAGGGGAGGCGAGACGAGAGGCUACCAUUCCUGCUUCUCUUUGGGGACGUGGCCAUCGACGUGAUCCUCUCUGCAGCUCAAUCAGCAGAUGGACUGGCUGUUCAGACAUCCGCUGAUGGCAAUUCUCUGGAGGUUGUGGAGCGACGUUAUCUGUUCCUGAAGAGGCUUUGUCAGGUGCUCUGUGCGAUGGGGAGCCAGCUGGGCUUUCUGGCUGGCUCUGAAUCCGGGAUUACGAUUCCAGAAAAUCUCUCCAAGUACACAGAGGCUCUCAUGGCCUUCACCAUGCACACCAGUCACUAUUUAAAAAUGGCCACUCUUCCAACUUGGGGAGGACUGUUCAGGUCUGAGGUCCUGUCCAAAGAGCCCGUGGUUGUGGAGAUGGCCAAGAGGUAUAUGAAGACGUGUAUGACCAACUUGGUGAAGACUGGGUAUCCAUCCAGAAACGACCACCCCAGUUGCCUGUACUCCAGCGUGGACUUUGACAACGAUGAAGAUUUUCACGGAUUUUCUCUCAUUUUCCGAGCCCAGCAGAGCGACAUGCUGAGGCUGGCCUGUCGGAUCGCUCCUCUCGAAGCUUUCCGGAUCGCAGGGGAGUGGCUGCACUUCCUGAUCGCGAGUCCCAUCGACAUUGGAGAUGCGAGCACGACAUCCUCCGAGGGUACAUGCUCCAUCCUGUCCCCAUCAGCGAUCCAAUGGGAUGCAGAGACCGUCUUUAUGGAGAGCAUGAUCUCUCAAAUGUUCAAAUAUUUGGAGCCUGAGCUGGACUUUGGUGACAUUUCACUGCGAGGGAGUGUAUUUACAACGCGGCUUAAGAUACAAAACCAGAUUUGGACAGGAUUUGAGAAGACCAAAGAGCUCCGAGACGUUACCCAAAGGACAGAAAUGCACAGGCUCUACAUGAACAUGUUUGACUGA